ACACUGUGAGAGACUGGGGAGAGAGAGACACUGUGAGAGAAAGACACUGUGAGAGAGAGACACUGUGAGAGACUGGGGAGAGUGAGAGAGAGACACUGUGAGAGACUGGGGAGAGAGAGAGGGGACACGAUGUUGGGGAGCGGAGGCACCUAUGCGAGCAAGAAGAGGAAGAAGCCCGUCCAGAAAAUACCUAAGCCCCCUCCGCCGGAGGGCGCCAAGUCGAACCCGUCCAAGCGGCACAGGGAUCGACUAAAUAUGGAGCUGGACAAGCUGACCAACCUGCUGCCCUUCUCCGAGGAUGUGCGCUCUCGGCUGGACAAACUCUCGGUGCUCAGGCUCAGCGUUGGCUACCUGAAGGUCAAGAGCUUCUUCAACGCCACCAUGAAGAACGGUGUGGGAGCCUGGUCAGCGGACCGGUCAGCAGGAGGAUUUGGAGGAAACGGGCAGGUCGCUAGCAGUCUGGAUGGGGUCAACUUCUCCGAGGGAGAAUUACUGCUGCAGGCUCUGAAUGGCUUCGUUCUGGUCAUAACGGCUGAAGGUUACGUCUUCUACUCUUCACCCACCAUACAGGACUACCUGGGCUUCCAUCAGUCGGACGUGGUGCAUCAGAGUGUGUUUGAGCUGAUCCACACAGAUGACCGGGCCAUGUUCCGGCGGCAGCUGCACUUUGCCCUGAACCCCACACAGUGUGACCUGUCUGACGACCCCGAGGGCCUGCAGAAGAGCAGCGAGAUCAGCACCAACAUCAUCAACUACAACCCCCAGCAGCUCCCACCAGAAAACUCCUCCUUCCUGGAGAGGAGCUUCUGCUGCCGCUUCCGCUGCCUCCUCGACAACUCGUCCGGCUUUCUGGCUCUGAACUUCCAUGGUCGUCUGAAGUACCUUCACGGUCAGAACAAAGUGACGGAGGACGGCACCAUGGCGCACCCCCAGUUGGCGCUGUUCGUCAUCGCCACUCCGCUCCAGCCUCCGUCCAUCCUCGAGAUCCGCAGCAAAACGCUCAUCUUCCAGACCAAACACAAGCUGGACUUCACUCCCUUGGGCGUCGACGCCAGGGGUAAAGUGGUGUUGGGUUACACUGAGAUUGAGCUGUGUAUGAGAGGCUCCGGUUACCAGUUCAUCCACGCCGCUGACAUGAUGUACUGCGCUGACAACCACGUGCGAAUGAUCAAGACUGGUGAAAGUGGAUUCACAAUUUUCCGGCUCCUGUCCAAGUCAGGAACCUGGAUUUGGGUGCAGGCUAAUGCCAGGCUCGUCUACAAAGGCGGACGGCCAGACUUCAUUGUGGCGCGGCAGAGAGCUCUGAGUAAUGAGGAAGGUGAGGAACAUCUUCGCCAGAGAAAGUUGCAGUUGCCUUUCAACUUUGCAACUGGAGAGGCCGUCCUCUAUGAAACAAGUCCUUCCCUGAGUGUCAGUGAAAUGCCCAACCAAGGCAAAGGCGGGAAGCUUCCUGCGAUGGCCCCAAGUUCCCUGCUGAGCUCUAGGCUAAAGCAGGACCAGUCCAUCUAUCAGCCCAGCAAUGACCCCAACUCCCAGUUCUGCCUGGAGAAGGCCUUCAGGGACAGCCAUGCCUUGCUCAAUGUAUCCAGGAAUAUAUGGCAACCUGCUGGUGGCAGUGGAACAGCAGAAAGUACUGCUGGGAUCAAAGAAGAAGAAAAGGUUCAGGACAUGAUGGUCGCCCUGCAGCAGAUCAUUACAGACAGCAGCUUGUGUGGAAACAUGGAAGAGUUGAAUGUGGACCAGCAGGAGUUAAAGGAGUGGGAAAAUGCCCUCUUGCGGAUGAGCAACUUGAACCAUGAGGCUGAGACGCCCAUUGAGCUCAAUGACAUCAUGGCCAAUGAUAUCUUCUCAUACGUGGAGGACAUGCUGUUUAAGGAGACCAGGCCUGGAUUUUCCGAAAAGUUGCCUGAGUGCCUCUCCGAGCUGCAACUGCAAGGAGAGAUUGAGCACCAGGGCAGCCAAGGGCUUGCAGACUUUCUGAGUAUUGAAGAUGGCAUUCAAGAUACAGGAAGUCCAGGCAGGGGGAUAAUGAAGCUCACCCACAUGAGUCCGGAGAUCCCUCUUGCACAGCAGGAUGCAUUUGUAGACUCAUUGGGACUCUCCGAAGUGGCAGGACAGACGAUACCUAGCUUCAACAAUUUGAUGGGAUUCGACUCUCCACUUGCUGGGCAGCAGAACCAGGCAAGGCUUGUGCCACAAAACAACCUGGGACAGGGGUCUCAGUCAUCAAUGCAAGCAGGAAGCCUGCCGUAUUUAAACAAAGGGGCACUGUCCAACCUUCAAAACCAAUCCCAGCCAGUGGGCUUUCACAACCAGCUGAACCAGCCAGUCAGGCAGAGCAAUCAUUGGGUCCCCAGUAGCGAGACUCGCAGCCAAAAUAUUUCACUUUCACAAGAUGUCCCAUUAAAUCCCUCCCCUGGCGUGUGCCUCCAAGGACAGUUUUCUAUCAACACUCACAACAUAGCAAAUCAGACCAAUCAAAGACUCCCAACAUGGCAGCAGACAAACCUUUCUGUUCAGCCAGGGCUGCCCAACAUCCCAAACAAUCCCAACAUUGUGAAUGUCCCAAAUAUCCCCAGUGGUCAUAACCAGGUUCUCUGUGGACAGCCAAAAAAUGCCCAAGAAGAUCCACUCGCUAGAUUAAUGGUGCAGUCUAACUUUGGCUCUGGCUCCUAUCCUCAGCCUUCUGCCAAUACGGUGUACAGCCAGCAGGGGGAGCUCAUGCAACCUUCUGCAAGUGCACUGUACAUCCAGCCAGUGGAGCUGAUGCAGACAGCUGCUAAUAAUGUCUACAGCCAACAGGGAGAGCUGAUGCAGCCUUCUGCUAAUGCAGUGUAUGGCCAGCAGGGGGAUAUAAUGGCCAGUUCUGCUCCUGCACCAGCCAGCAGUUGCAUGUUUCAGAGGCCACCACAGGCUCCCAUGAACGGCAUAUGCUACGAUCCAGUCGCGCAAGAAGCCUUGAUUUCAUCUCGCCAGAAGACAAAAGGCUUCCUAACUCAGACAUCACCACAGGGGUCAUGCUUCUACCAGAGUGGACUGGGAGACAACGUCCUGAACAGCAUGACCAUACCAGAGGGAAACAACAUCAACACCAUCCCCUGCCACCUACCACUGAGGCAGGAGAGCAUGGUCCCACAGCAGCAAUUCCUUCAGUGCAAUGGACAGACGCAGAUCACCAACCAUCCGAUCAAGGACAAUGGAACGUUUCAUCUCGGAACCUCGUGCUUUUCCGGCAACAACCAAAACAGCAAUUUUUAGGGAAAGAACGGAAAACAGCCCAUCCAUUUGCAGCCACUGAUGCGCCUACAGACUUUCAAAAGCAGCACUUCUCUACCCGGAGAAAAAGGAGACGCCAUAAAUGUUUAGACUCUUUCGUAUUUUGUUUUGUUCUGUUGCAGCUGAAAAAGGACGAGAGAUCGGAACGGUAGUGCUCUGAAGACAGGCUACCAGUGGAACCCCGCCUGUCUGCUUCAACACACUCGCUCCUUCACCUGUUCAUUCACUCGUUCAGUCAUUUGGUGAUUCGGUCAUUCGUUCACUCCCUGACCAGAGAAGAAAAAGAAGUACCCAUGAGGACAUAUUUAUUUUCAUAAUUCAUGCAUUUCCUUCUCUGAUUUGUUUUGUUUCAUUGUUUAAAGUCGUUUCGACGAAAGGCGAGAGAGGCGUAGAGUGGUGGAGAAUUCGGGCAGGGUGUGUGUGUGUGUGUGUGUGUGUGUGUGUGUGUGUGUGUGUGUGUGUGUAUGGGGGGUAGAGGAUGGGGCACCCAGACCUCAGUUAUGAAGUAUGCAGUAGGAAAGGUAGGACCUUUUCAUUGCGGGGAUAAGAUUCUGGGGAAAGCCAUUUAAGACGCACACUCUUUUUUGUUCAUUUCUUUUUGUUUUUGUUUUUGUUUUCUAUAUAUUUAGAAAGCUUAAGACUCAAAAAGGGAAAAGGCUGUCACUGUAGUUGAGAAGCCCUCAUCUGCUCCCUUUUACUUCACUCUCUAUGCACUUAAAAUGGUGAAAUGCACACCUGUUAAAAAAAGUACCGGUCAUCCAGUGACAGCAGUAUAUCAUAUCUCUGAACUAGUCAUAUGCAGUUAUGCUUGGCAUACUAUCAUUUAUCUCAGUGUGUAUAUACCGAACCACACAAAGCACCACGUUCACCUUGACCCUGAUCCGGAUGUGGAGGGGCAGCUGGACAGCUACUGCUGCUUGACCAACAGCCCGGUUAAAGCAGAAUUCCCUUGAAGCUCUUAGUCUUUUGGAUUUUUAAGGUGAGCGGAGGAACACCCCCCCCAUCCGAACCCGAUGGCCAAUCGCACAGGCUUAAUUGAACAUACAGAAACCCUAUAGCCAGUCUUGUGGACCCAAUCAGACAUGCAAAACCCCAAUGGCCAAUCACACGAGCCCAGUCUGACAUGCAGGAACUCAAUGGCCAAUCACACUGGCUGGGUUGGGGAUGGAGAAACCCGACAGCCAAUCACAUUGGCCCAUUGAACAUCCAGAAACCCAAGAGCCAAUCACACUGGCCCAAUCAGAAACACAAAAACCCAACAGCCAACCACACUGGCCCUAUAAGACCAACAAAAACCCAACAGCCAACCACACUGGCCCAAUCAGAAACACAAAAACCCAACAGCCAACCACACUGGCCCUAUAAGACCAACAAAAACCCAACAGCCAACCACACUGGCCCUAUAAGACCAACAAAAACCCAACAGCCAACCACACUGGCCCUAUAAGACCAACAAAAACCCAACAGCCAACCACACUGGCCCAAUCAGAAACACAAAAACCCAACAGCCAAUCACACUGGCCCUAUAAGACCAACAAAAACCCAACAGCCAACCACACUGGCCCUAUAAGACCAACAAAAACCCAAUAGCCAACCACACUGGCCCUAUAAGACCAACAAAAACCCAACAGCCAACCACACUGGCCCUAUAAGACCAACAAAAACCCAACAGCCAAUCACACUGGCCCUAUAAGACCAACAAAAACCCAACAGCCAACCACACUGGCCCUAUAAGACCAACAAAAACCCAACAGCCAACCACACUGGCCCUAUAGGACCAACAAAAACCCAACAGCCAAUCACACUGGCCCUAUAAGACCAACAAAAACCCAACAGCCAACCACACUGGCCCUAUAAGACCAACAAAAACCCAACAGCCAAUCAUACUGGCCCAAUCAGAAACACAAAGACCCAACCGCCAAUCACACUGGCCCUAUAAGACCAACAAAAACCCAACAGCCAACCACACUGGCCCUAUAAGACCAACAAAAACCCAACAGCCAAUCAUACUGGCCCAAUCAGAAACACAAAGACCCAACCGCCAAUCACACUGGCCCUAUAAGACCAACAAAAACCCAACAGCCAACCACACUGGCCCUAUAAGACCAACAAAAACCCAACAGCCAAUCAUACUGGCCCAAUCAGAAACACAAAGACCCAACAGCCAAUCACACUGGCCCUAUAAGACCAACAAAAACCCAACAGCCAAUCACACUGGCCCAAUCAGACAAACAAAAACCAGGUGACCCAGCUGGACACACAAAAACCCAACAGCUAAUCACUCAAGUCCAGGACUUUGACACUAUACCAGUACCAGCAGUCACGUGUUUCUAACCACAACUGGACGUUUGAUGGACCUUGCAUGGACGAUUUUGUUGCAGUAAAGGAAAACGUGAACACGUGACCCAGGACUCUUUUCCGUCUGCUCCCCACUGUCUGAAACAGUACCGUAUUACCACGAUAUGAUAACCAGAACAUUAUGAUAAAGGACAUCGUAUAUUCCUUCUGCUUUUCUUUAUGUUCCAAAUACGCUUUUAUAUUUUUGUACGCCUUGAAUGGAGAUUGUUGAACCAUCAUUGAGCCAUUUUUGUGUCUGCUUGUGUUGAUAACUGCUCUGCUGUCCGCCUCGUCCAGCGCUUCUGUCGGUAGCGAAUGCUAGCUAGCGUCUCCUCUGCUGCCGUAGCAGAGCCCGUGUGUCCAGUUGAAAGCGUGAACGGACGCCGGGCCGCAGACCAGCCGCCGGCUUCGUUUGCUGUUCGUUUGCUGUUCAUUCCUCUGCUGAUCUCCUGACCCACGUUUAUGAAAGCAGAUUUCUGGUUCCCGUCCCUUCGGAAGAGCGACUUCAGCAAGUUAGCCGACCAUCGUAAAUCUGAUCCAUGAGCCUUUUUCCAAUGUGCCUUAUUCUCUCGGACACUUUAGCCUUUUGAUACGAUUAUAUAUACAUAUAUAUAUUUAUAUAUAUAUUCUUAAUAUGAUCGUAUAGCAUUAUGAACGUGUAAAUGUACCAAAUUUAACGCCUAUAAACGUUUUCGUACCUCAAUAUUAAGGAAGUAUGACUGAUUGCAGAUUUGAUAUUAAACAGCUUUUUUCCUUUUUCA